UACUAUACAUCUGUUAAUGGUGUACAGCUACUUAAGAGAGCUGAGCAAUUCAUUCUUAAGUAUAUCAAGGAAAUUGCAGAUGUUAUUCACCAAUGAUUGUGUACUUUGACAAUUUAUUACACUUGCAAACAUCCUGACUGUAAUAACGCGAAAACGUCGAAAGUUUUGUUUGGAAUGGUUAAGCAUAACAACAAGAGCUAAAUGUAUGAUUUUCUACGGAUUGUUUUAGUUAUUUGGACUUAUAUAUCAUAUCAAGGCAAAAACUAAUUAAUUGUCCGAACGUUUCGAAAGUAACUUACUGACGAAUUGCUAGUGUGAUUUAAACUGAGACCUCGAUUUACUUUAAAAAACUGUUUGAUAAAGAAGUGUCAUGGUUGGAAACGUCUUCAGUGUCUCCUGCUUGGUCAUAGCCCUGAUGACGUCACGUCACGUUACCGGACAGGAAAAUGAUGUUGCAUGGGUGAACAGAAGGCUUACGCUCAUCAAAAGUUCCAUCGACCGCGAUAUCAGCGACAUGAAGAUCCAGUUCGCGGAACUGAAGAUGACCAUCGAACAGCUUAUGGUCAACAACGCCAGUGUUGGGUCUUUUAUUGUCGAACCAUUGAUCGACUACGACUAUGGACAGGGAAAGACAGGCGUUAAUCAAAGAGAGAUCACAGACCUGAAAACCAAGUUAAAUGCGCAUACAAGCCGACUUGACAGAUUAUCUGCUACUAUCACCAAUAUUCAAGUGGAAUCGUCCGAACAUAAAAGAAAAGUCGAAAAACUGGUCGGUGACAAGGACGACGAAGAAAAAAGACGCGAACUAAUAAACAACUUAAAAGCCGAAAUGCUUCUCCAGUUAAACGCAGACAUUGAAACGAAAUACGGCGAUAGAGUCAAUGCGCAACAAAAGUCUUUUGAACAAACCGUAACUGUUAUGAAAAGAGGUUAUAGAGACCUGAAAACGCAGGUGAAUGAAAUGUCGAAAUUCGUAUCGCAACUCGUAAGUCGGGACGAACUGAGUGUCCUCGUACUCGAUCAAAUGAAACGUCUUUCCGAGUCGGUGAUCUCUGAACAAAACAAACUGAGUUCGAGGAUUGACAAGGCAGAGACGAAGAUGGUUAGAUUGGAUGUUGAAGUGAACAAAGUCGAUGACCUAUUCAGAGGGAUUGACCAACUGAAAACCAAGACUGACACAUGCUGUACAGCACUUGCAAGCUCUAUUGUCUGUGAGGGAUCGUCCAUGUACCUCUCCUGUCCUCCAGGGCAAGUCUUAUACGUUCACUCGGGUGUUUACGGCCGCACACAGGGCUCGGUCAUCUGCCCUUACCCUCAGUACAUCAGGUCGACAAACUGCGUAUCUCCAACCUCCACUGUCAAAGUUGUCAACCUUUGUAACGGGAAAAACCAGUGUAGCAUCACCGCUACAAAUGGCGUAUUCGGAGACCCUUGUGAUGGCACAUACAAAUACUUAGAGGUUAAAUACGUAUGUUUUUAAUUACCAGUUUGUUACCCCUUGAAAAACUGUCUUGAUUACGAUGCUUCCGGUAAUGAUUUCAGUUAAGAAACUAUCGUCAUAAAAAUCACAACGUUAACGUUUAUUGUCUGACAUUUUUUUAUUAAAUAACAUAUGUACCUGCACUAUUAAAAAUGUACACAAAACUA